AUGUCUGCCCUGCCUGUACCCCUCAACGUCUACGCGGACCACCAGGCCACUCUUCAACUGCAUACCGACUAUGGUCCAGCUCCCCUUCCCGUACCGAAUUCAACACGCUCGUUCUGGAUCGACACGCCUGGUGCUAACCCGCUUGCGAGCGAGGGAAGUGAGGGCUCACUGACUGCCGACGCGGACGUUUGCAUCAUCGGCUCUGGAAUCACUGGGGUAUCGGCCGCAUAUCACAUGGGCAAAUUAUUGAAGGGUCCGGAGACAUCUGUGCAGCCGCUCAAAGUUGUGAUACUAGAGGCGAGGGAUUUUUGUUCAGGCGCGACAGGUCGCAAUGGUGGACACCUUACUCCCAUUGCAUUCAGGGACUUCCGGCCAGCUGCAACUGCGCAUGGGACGGAUGAGGCGCUGCGAUGGCUCGCUCUAGAACGACACACGGCGACUGAGAUCGUGAAAAUUAUUCAGGAGCAUGAGUUGGAGCAGACGGUAGACUUGGUCGAAGGCGGGCACAUCGAUUUGAUGUUCACCCCCGAGGAGGUCGCGGAUAUGAAGGCAGACUAUGAAGCCGCAAAGGAAGCGGGCGUUGACUUGAACAACGUCCGUUGGUUCGACGAGGCGGAGAUGAAGGCCCAACACGGGACCGCGUACCCUGGCGUACGCGCCCCGGGACAUAAUCUGUGGCCGCUCAAGUUCGUGACAGAGCUAUACAAGCUCGCGGCGUCCUCGCCCCAGCUUUCACUCGCCCUGCACACGCGCACUCCGGUCACCGCCGUGUCUCUUGCGGAGGGAACGGAGGACUCAUCAUUAUCGCGCAGGUGGACCGUAACGACACCGCGCGGGUCGCUCGCAUGCUCGUAUGUGCUCCAUGCGACGAAUGCGUAUGCCUCCCAUUUGCUGCCGCACCUACGAGGCCCGGCUGGGAUCAUUCCAACUCGUGGGCAGAUUAUUGCGACUCGCGCGAACACGACAACUGAGGUGCUCUCGCGGAGCUCGUUCUCAGGGAAUGAAGGCUUCGAGUAUUGGUUCCCGCGGCCGAUUAAGGAGAGCGACGUGAGCGGAUAUCCGUUGGUCAUUUUGGGCGGGGGACGCGAGGCGGCGACGCCCGCAUACGAGCUUUAUGUAGCGGACGACUCGGCUGUAAGUGCAGAUGUGAGUGACGUGCUGAGGAAGUUUCUCCCUGCCGUCUUCCCCGGAAAGUACGAAGAAGGGCAUGAGCCCGAAAUGGAAUGGACAGGAAUUAUGGGAUUUACAGCUUCAGGCGAUCCAUUUGUGGGACCCGUCGCAGGUACCUCUAAGGAAGAUAUCGCGGAAUCUUUUAAAGGCCAGUACAUAUCUGCAGGCUAUACUGGCCAUGGAAUGCCUCGUGCAUUUGCAUGCGCAGAGGCUGUUUCACAAAUGAUCGCUGCCGACUUCAUGGGACGCGAUUGGGUUAUACCAGAGUGGCUUCCCCGCCACUAUGUCACCGACCUGUAA